AUGGCCCUUUCAUCGAAUUGUGUUUUCGUGAAAGAAAUUGAAUUUCUUCACUGCCCAUUUAUUACCCAAUUCGGCAUUGAAUUUGUUAUGCGUAACAGUCCUAACUUGUGUUCUGUGUCAGUUGAUGGAAUUCAAAUUCCGAGUCCUCUGUAUAUGAAUGUUAUAGAUUUUGCUUUUGCAAGAGGUUUAUCCUCUGUUGAAAUUCACGAAUCAGUUAUUUCUGAUGAACUUCUUCAUUCGCUUGCAAAGGCUGGUAUUCCUUUAAGGCGAUUCACUCUUGCUUAUUGUUCGAAUUUCACAUUCUUUGGAAUCUUGUCGAUUUUGUCCACGUACCAGUCUCUUGAAUACUUGGCCUUUAUAGAUGUAGGGUUCCUCACUGAUAAGCACAUGAGUGAUUUAUGUCGGUAUCUUUGCACUCUAAUCACAAUAAAGCUCAAGUUAUGCUCCAAGCUAACUGAUUCAACCUUCUUCACCCUUGCAAAGAACUGUCCUUUUCUGAAGGAUAUUGAUAUGGAGAGGGCAAAUCUUGGGGGAGGAGAUGGCACAGCAGAUAUUGUGAAGAACUCACGAAUUAUGUCACUGAAUUUGGCAUAUAAUUCAAAUCUGAGUGAUGAAUGUCUUAGAAAACUUGCUUCAAUCUGCCCCAAUGUAGAGCUGCUUGACGUGUCCUCUUGUUUGGGUAUAACAGAAAAAGGCGUUGCUGAAUUUUUGAAGGGUGACUCCAAGAUUCGGCAUUUGCAUAUCAAUGAUUGUCUGGGGAUUAAGAAUAUUGGAACUGGUUUUGAACUUCCCAAAUUGGAGGUUUUGCAAGCAGCAAGGUCAGGGAUUGAUGAUGAAGGGCUGGCAAUAAUAGGGAAUAGAUGUUGCAGGCUCUUGAAUUUUGAUUUGGAGGGUUGCGUGGGAGCGACGAAAGUAGGGUUAAUGGAAAUCUUCACGAAUUGCAAAAUAUUGAGGGAGAUAAAUUUGAACGGCUGUGUUAACGUGAGUACAGUAUUUGUAGAUUGGAUGGUGUUUUCAAAGCCAUCGUUAAGGAAAUUAGUCCCGCCACGUUUAUCUUUGAUUACUGAAAGCCAGAGGGAACUUUUCUUGCGCCAUGGAUGUCUUGUUUGUGAUGGUUAUUCUUCUAAAAGUGUUUUGGAAAAUGCCCUGGGUGGUGGUUCUGCAGUUGGUUAA